GAGGAAAUUAAUUACGAUUGAUAAGAUUUUUAAUAAUAUGAAAAUUGAAAAUAUCAAGUGCACUGUAUAAUUAAUUUAUUCUAGAAAAUAAAAAAUACUGAUUAUUAAAUUGUUAUUACUAUUAUUUAUUCUUUAAAAUAGUUAAUUUUAUUAGUACUACAUCAGUGUUAUUGUGAAUUUUUUUACCAUUUAUGUAAUCAUGAAGUUUAUUAGAAUUAGGAGUUUAUUUUACAAGUGUAAGCAUACAAUUUGGUCGUCAAACCAGCAGCGGAUAUCUCAUGUCACACACGGAUUUUUGGUUCGUCGAUAUUCAUCGCUUUCUGAUAAGAUUUCCAAUGUUUUGUUAAAUAACGCUGGAGUACGGUCUUAUAUAGAAAAUCUUAUAUCUAAAGGUUAUUCUGAAUCAAUGACAAAACCAAAAGUUUUGUCUCUUUUAUCAGCCAUAAGAACAUUAAAGGAUGAUUUACAAUCACUCACUGAAUUCGAUAUAGGAAAGGAAGAUGAUAAAGAAUUUACAGCGCAGUUACUAAAAGAAAGAGAAUCAAUUGCAAAGCAAUUGAAUGAGCUUCAACUUGAUCUUUUAGGUGCAUUAGUACCGUGCGAUGAAGAUUCAGACUGUACAGAUAUAAUAGUUGAAAUAACAGCCGGCGUCGGUGGUCAAGAAGCUAUGAUUUUUACUCAAGACCUCUUCGAGAUGUACAGUUCUUUUACAAAUUACAAAGGAUGGCAAUGUGAAAUAGCUGAUUAUUGUCCUACAGAUAUUGGUGGUUUGAGACACGUGGGUUUAAUGAUAUCGGGCAAUAAUUGUUAUCGUUUAUUACGACAUGAAGGAGGUGUUCAUAGAGUUCAACGUGUUCCUAAAACAGAAAAGUCUGGAAGAAUUCAUACAAGUACUGUAACGGUUGCUAUUUUACCUCAACCAGCUGAAUUUGAUUUAGUGAUUAACGAAAGAGAUUUAAUAAUUGAAACCAAACGAGCAUCGGGGGCAGGAGGACAACAUGUCAACAAAACCGAUAGUGCUAUCAGAAUGCAUCAUAAACCAACAGGUAUUGUUGUUGAGUGUCAAACUGAUAGAUCACAGAUUAAAAAUCGUAAGAUAGCUUUACAAAAAUUAAGAGCAAAAAUUUACCAAAUGCAAUUAGACGAACGACAAUCGACCACUAAAUUAGCUAGAAAACAACAGGUUGGAUCUAGUGCGAGAUCAGAAAAAAUUAGAACGUAUAACUUUAAUCAGGAUCGUAUAACUGAUCAUCGAUUGAGCAAGAAUUAUCAUAACUUAAUUGGGUUUUUAGAAGGCGAAGAUCUCUUGGACAGAAUAAUUAAUGACUUAGAGACCAUGUCCCAAGAAAGUUUACUGCAUGAAUUUAUUCAAAGUAUUUCACAAAAAAAUUAAAUGUAUUUAGUUGAAAGUGAAUAAAUAAUGUGUUAAAAAACGUAAUAUUAUUUCAAACAAAUUAUAAGACUUAUUUAUUAAAUAGUUUAUUACUAGU